AUGUAUAUAUUGCGUAUUAGACUUUCUGUGUCGUGCAGUUUCGCAGAGAGUUGAUAAGGCGUUGUUUAUAGUACUGGAAUAUUAUUCCAAAAAAAGUAUUUAAAUAAUUUAAACAAUAAUAAAACUAAUUAACAAAAUUGUGAUCCUGACAAUAAUAUCCAAGAAUAACAAAAAAAAAAGUUGCUCAAAAAUUGUAAACAUUGUUUGUGAACUAUGUUGAAAGAAAACUUCUAGGAUUAUGUUUUGAUCCACGUUAAAUACUUGACAAUUAGAUGAAUUAGAAAAACAAACAAUCUUUUAAUAAUUAUAAAAUAUAGGAACAUUUAUAAACCGAUAAUAAAAUGCCGAAAUAUUAUUGCGAUUAUUGUGACACUUAUUUAACACAUGACUCGCCGAGUGUACGUAAAACUCAUUGUCAAGGUCGUAAACAUAAAGAUAAUGUAAAAUACUACUAUCAAAAAUGGAUGGAAGAACAAGCACAAAAUUUAAUUGACGCCACAACAGCAGCCUUCAAAGCAGGAAAAAUAGCUUCAAAUCCAUUUGCAGCAACUAAAGGGGCUGCUAUUCCACCACCACCUAAUCUAGGGCCUAGACCAGGAGUUCCUCCACAAGGAGCGAUAGGAAUGAUGCCACCUCCAGGAAUGCAUCCUGGUGCACCGAUGGGCCCCGGUGGACCCAUGGUGAUGGGACCUCACGGUCCUAUGCCACCGAUGAUGGGAAUGAGACCACCAAUGAUGGGUCCUAUGGGUCCUAUGAUGGGCCCAAUGGGUCCCAUGACACCAAUGAGACCUCCGAUGAAUGGACCACCACCACCUAUGACUGCACCACCUCCAGUAAAAAAAUAAUGUAAACAUUGUUUUCUAACUUUCUUUGUAUCUAUUAAAAUAAUUAACAAAAUGAUUUAUUAUUAUUUAAAAA